AUGGAUAAGCCUGAGUUGCAAGUAUUGAUGCCUUUCGAGGAUUCAGGAGGGGUUGAUCAUGUAGAUACCCAGCCCGAUGGCAGUAAUGCUCUCGGUACUAAUAGUCAAGUACCAAUGGGUGUCGGAUUGGGUUCCGGGUCGAAUGGGGAUAUGCUUGACCUCUUACAACCCAAUAAAUUUUUGGAUGGCGACGAUGACGACCUAAGUAAGUUCAUUGCCGCUCUCCACGCGGACGCCGUAUUUUCGAAGUACUUCCCCGACGAUGAAGAACAAGAUCCUGACUACGACUUCUUGGCGGGAGCGCUAGAAAUUGACGACAAUGAGAAAGAAACUGAAGAAUAUCGCGCAGACCGUGCAGUUAAAAUUAGCAGAAGAGAGGUACAGCUGUUGCAGAAAUCACAGAGACAGUACGACACCCAAGGUGCAGGCACGCAAGAUUUAAACCCGGCCACGGACGAAAGUGCGUUACUCCUACCAGGUACUGGUCUAGGGCUCCCAUCUCUUCAAUCGAUAGAUCCAAUACAGUCCAAGGGGAGUAUCGAGCAGACUGUCAGCACACGGAGAGUGUCUAGUGCCGCUGCUGCGCCUUCGGGUGGUCUCGCUUUGAGUCUGCCUGAUUCUCUGCCCCCACUCCCGCUGCCACCGGCGGCCCUUGUUUCAUAUUCCACCAACUUGAAUCUAGUUGCGAAUCAUGACAAAGGGACUAUACCUGCGCCUCCAGUGGUUGAAUCUUCUCCUUCUAGAAUCACACCAUCUCAACGAGCACGUCUUGCUGACCAGAUAUGGAGAUUGGCCCAGGUCCUUGUUCAAUUCAAAGUAUAUGGCAAUGCCGGAGUUGACCCAUACAAUGGUCAGUCGAUUGUCAACGAGACGCAGCAGCUUGUUGACAAAGUUUGUGACGAAGCGCGCAAGUGUAAAAGUCGCCACCUGAAGUCAACUCCAAUCCCAUUGGAACCACUUUUCGAUGCGAACGUGAUGAAGGACCUUCAGAAAGCUUAUAGUAGUUCGUCUAGUGACCAAAAUGGUGUAGAUAUAGCAGCGCGUGUGAUCAAGCCAUUGUGCAUGCCUCCAGAUGCUGAACUAAAUACAGAGAAAACAGUCAACUCCACGAUUGCAGCUCGCAAGGCAUGCCCCGUGACACCGAAGAACAUAUCUGCACGGACAGUGAAUGCUUCGAGAACGCAUCAGCCUUUAACCAUCCUCCCAAAAGGCGACAAGUCUAAACCCUCUGUAGUUGUGCGUCACGAUGGCUUGAAAGACUUGGCAGUUGAAGGUGCGAUUAGGUGCGCGCUGCAAGGGUACAAGUGGAUCAAUUGGCGCGCAAUCCCAACGCUGGCUUAUGGUAAAGCGCAUGGUGCGAAACCUACACAACGGUUCAAAUUAACAGCUCCCGACGCGAGGUUCAAGAAUUCCACACCAGAGAGGUACGGAGAUGACCCAGUGGCCAAAUGGAAACAGAAGCGUAAAGCUCUAGUACUGCCAGCUUCAAUUCGUGCUCCAGUUGCAGCCACACUUGAAGGUUCAACUCUCGCCAUAGAUUCUUCAUCCAAACAAGUGCAAAACCACACUGAAAACCAAGCCAAAAUAAAAAGUUCAGCCUCCCGAGCCAGUUGUAUGGAUUCACAGAGCGCAUCGAGUAAAUCCAAAGUAGCUGCACCGGGAAUACCGCAACCUGCGGAGAGUACCGAGAGUCCUCCGCAACAGCGGCGACAACCUUGCAAAGUAGUCAAGGUCAGAAAAAGGCGGAAGAAAAACGCACCUGUGUCAUCUGCAUGGAUUAUCGACUCCGAUGAUGCUCUCGAUAGCACAGCCAUUGAUGAUGGGCACACGUUGGCACCGCGAAACCUCUCACGGCGUUCCCCAUAUUGUAACAAAGAAAGACUACCAAACUCAUCGAAAAGCAACAGGCAAAGAUCUCAUGUAGACGCUCAUCUGGAUAAAGAUAAUGGGCGCCAAGCUGAAGACCUUGCGUUGAAUUCAGCAGUGGGAAGUAGUGGUGCGCUGAUCGGGCAACCUACUGCCCCUUCCGAAGACGAACUCUCUGACAGCGAGGACGACAGUAUCCUAGACAGCUCAGUGUCAAGAACACCUACAAGCAAGGGUAGUGGAAUACGAAGGAAUGGGCAGAAGCAGAGUUCCAAAGGAAGAAGUGGUCAACACAAAGCCACACCUAGAGGAAGUCGGCGUGCGGGCGAUGUCAAUAUCUCAACCCAGCUGGAUCGCGAUAUAUUUUCGGAAGAUGAGAUUCUAGAUACAGAUGAUGAGGAUUUUGCUCCAUCAGCCAAUUCAAUGGGUUCUGAAACUCGGUUCCGGUCUGAUUUUAUCAGUAUUACUGAAGACCUGAUUGGUUCACCACUACCCACAGAGCAGGCGAUUGAUGGUUUUGAUGAGGACCAUCUUUCCGAGUCAGAGGAGGAUACAAGUUUGAAUGCAGAAAUCACAACUAGCUCUAAGGAAUAUACUGCAUCUACACACAAGGUUAGAAGGGCAACACCAGCUAAGAAAAAGGCAACAAUCAUUACACAACAGAAGCAUAUGACCGUAAAACCGAACUCGAAGAUAACCUUGUCCCCUAAGAGCAUGCGACUGCUUGGUAGACGGCAACAAUGCUCCACGCCUGCACGCCGACAGAAAACUCAGUUUCACUCAUCCACUACAGAACAAGCACCAUCAAAAAUGUCGGGUAGAGUUACUAGAGUGGAUAAUAUAGUACGAGUGCCUUCGGCUGUCGAUGUAGACAAAAUCUCCUCUUCGUAUCCAAAAGCUAAUUCGACGAACGACGACUUUGAGGAAGACUCGCUACCUGAAACCGACGAAGAGUAUUUGUCUCCAAGUCACAAAGCUACACGAACGCCGGAUCCCGAUCGCAAGCUGAGAGUAACUCACAGAAACAAUGUACUCGAUAAGAGGAAGUACACCGCGACGACGACGUCGCUGCACAGUGAACGCCUCACGAGUCCGAUUGCUGGUACUGCAGGGGCUGUACGAUCAUCUGCUGCCAAGGGGUUUGUGGAUAAUAAUUGCCCUGGGUCAAGGAAACAUCGAUUGGAGACUUCACCACGAGCUGACCUUCACACUGGCAAGUUUGAAGAGGAUGGUUUAUCUGAAUCUGAUGACGAAGUCAACGCUUCCGGUGGCCGCGAAAAAGCCGCUGUGAACCACAAACGAGCGCGUGUCGACAGCUAUUCUCCCAUUAGCAGAGUCGGCGGCGCCAACGCGAUAGCUAUACUCAGUCCGAGCAGCGUUGUGCGCACACACGGCAUGGAUAGUGACCCGUCUGUGUCUUCGUCAAGUGCUAGCUAUAGGUCAAUAACGAGCUCUCACGCACGGCAUCAGUAUCGACAUCGUGAUCGGGAUAGACAAACCAAUUUUGAGCAAGAUCAACUGUCAGAAACAGAUAACGACGACGACGACGAAGAUGCUGUUUUGAAUGGGGGAUAUGGUCGCGAUAAGCAAAUAAUUGCUCAAUAUACACCUGCAGAGAUGGGUCACUCCGCUCGCGUGCCACGUCCAGAUAAUUUAACAGUCGAUAGUAUGCGCAACACUUUUCAUAGGCGCUCACCGUGUCCCCGCGGGACAAAUGAAAAUGCAAGCGACAUGGAAGAGGUUAGCCAUCGGCACAGGGCUCGUGCACCAGUCCCACAGCGUAUGGGUCAUGGAGAAGAAGCUCGGAUGUCAUCCUCACAUAAGAAGCCAGAAGUGAAUUCUCCCCCAAAGGACAGUACCGUGACGAAAUCGCAAGAUUACAUUGCUUAUACAACUGCGAAAUUAAAUAGCGCAAUCGUUGAACGAUUGCCCUCAGUUGAUACGGCGGAGGCAGAGUUCAGGGACAUCCUAGGCGGAACUUCAGCAUCUCAACAACAAACGCAUACAUUCGAUGUCAGUGAUCUUUCAGACACUGAUGAGGAAUAGAUACGUUUUGUAGUAUCAAGCAGAUGUCGAGAUAAGCCGGACUCAAAAGCCUCGCCUAAACUCCAAUUCUAUCAGAGAAGAUGAAGUUGAUCAUUCGACGUUGUACCAAAAACGCUCCUUGUGCUUCACAAGCACUUUACUUUGUAGGAUAUCGCCAUCUUUGGCUUCAAGAUGCAUCUUUAUCGUUGAGUGUCUUGACGAUAAUUAAAGAUUCGAGUUCGAGUGGUAUUAUAAAGUGCCUGCACUACAUUAUCCAUAGUGUACUAUGAAC